CGGAAUGAGCUGGUGAUCCGCAAGAACGCAGGCUAUGCCGAGUGGGCAACUUUAAAAGCUUCACCCAAAGGACAUAGAGUGGAGUGGUAUUUGUAAUCCUCCAGUCCUCCAGGACCAUGCCGGAAUCAAAUGAUGCUUGAAAGAUCAUGACCAUUGCAUCCAUUAUCUCUUCAGCAACCUCUCUCAGGACUCUGGGAUGUAGUCCAUCUGGCCCAGGAUCUGUGUGUGUAGCUGGUGAUCAUGGCUGCUGCUGCUGAGAUAAAGGAAGGCAAGCUGAAGCUUGAAGGACAGGAGCUGUUUUACAGACGGGCGAUCCCCACCGAACAGCUCCCCAGGCUCUCUGUCCUGUUGCUCCAUGGCAUCCGUUUCUCCUCUGAGACCUGGCUGAACCUUGGAACACUCCAGAAGCUGGCAGAGGCAGGGUACCAGGCAGUGGCCAUCGAUCUACCAGGCCUGGGUAACUCUAAAGAAUUCACUGCUCCAGCCAAAGUGGGGGAGCUUGCUCCCGACAGUUUCCUCUUGAACGUGCUGAAGGGUUUGCAGUUGGAUGCAGUGGUGAUAAUCAGCCCAUCACUGAGUGGAAUGUAUUCACUGCCGUUCCUGUUUGGCCACAGUGAUGUGGUAAAAGGGUUCAUCCCCGUGGCCCCCAUCUGCACUGAGAAGUUCUCCGCUGAGCAGUACGGGAACAUACAGACCCCGACAUUGAUAGUCUACGGUAGCGAGGAUAAGCCGAUGGGAGAGGAGUCAUUUAACAAUCUGAGACACCUUUUUAACAACAAGGUGCAUGUAAUGAAUGGGGCAUCACAUGCCUGCUACCUCAACAAUCCCAACGAGUGGCAUCAGACAGUGUUGGAGUUUCUACAGAAUCUGUCCUAAACCCCCUUGGACAUGGAUCACAGCAAAAGAAUAUUUUACUAUUGAACGAAUCAUUAAUGUCAAUCAUUUAUUAUUACAACAAUCAGAAUACAGCUUGUUUGAUCCCUGAUAUCUUUUCCUCUAAAAUAAUGAUUGACCAGCCCUCCCCACGCUCUUUGACAACAGUUAUGUAAUGCCGUGGUUCAUAUUCUUACUGUUAUGCUGUAUGUCCUUCAUUUUGGCAGUUCUGUAUGAGCAGUCUGUUCUGUUUUCAUGCUUGUUUGGGUUACUGUUGAAGAUGAGAGAGAGGAGAAAUGUGUGCCAUCCAAUUAGGAUGGUCGGAUUAAUGGGAGGUUUCUCUGGUGAGGGACACUAAGGUUGGGCUUGGGCUUUUGUUUGAGAGGAGAUGAAGAGAGAAGACACUGGGGAGAACUGGUCAUAGCAUACCAUCCGGUGGGAGACCCGUUUGUUCAUGAUGGAUUGCGAAUGACAUUCAGAAGGUGGUGUGUGCUUUCAUGUUGACUGAGGGGCCAGUGUGUGAGUGACAGUGAAGUUCAAGAUGAGCGCCAACUUGUACACAUUUGACUGUUUAAUUAGAAUGGGCCCUUUUCUUUUUGUAAUUCUUUACUAACCCUUCAGUUAAGAUUCAUAAAUAUAAUUCCUUUAAUUGUAGACAGUGCACUGUCUGUUAUUUCACGGCAUUAAUUUGUAACAGGGUAGCAAAUGACACAACAUCCACACAAACCGGGGUUUGGGGUAGGAUUGAGCAUGUCUCAAUUUCACGAGUUUGGCUGGGCCAGAGGUUGUCUUACACAGCCACGGAUACCAGGGUGUUUCACUUAUGUCACAUGGAUUCACCUGCUACUCAUCUUUGACAUCCCCUUUGUUCUCCCCAUACCCUUCCUGCAGUAUUAAACACAUUUAACCUCCUCCCUCACUCUUUGUAGUUCUGAAUGAUCAUCCACCCAAAAUGCAAUAUACAGUAUCCUCUUUAUAGUUUGUCUGCUGUGUUUCCAGCAUUUCCCAUUUUAUUUCAGAUUUGCAGAUGAUGGAAGAUUUGUUUUUUGUACUUUUAGGGAGAUCACGAUUUCCAUUAGUUUCAUGAUAAGAUGCCGGAAGUGUUUUUUACACUAUAGUAAUUUUUGUCUUGCUUUGUACUGCUGCUGCAACAAAUUUCGGGAUGUGUAUCAAUGAUAAUAAACCUGAAUCCGAUUCCAACAGCGUGCAAACAGAACUGCACACAAUAUUCCAACUAUUGGAAGUGAUUAGGAUCAGAACAUGGGUUACAUCAACCAACUUGACUCACUGGUGAAUGAAUAAACCAUUUAUUCACUACAUUUGUUCAAAUCCAUAUUCCUUGGCCAAAAGAACAGAAAUGACAACAAUAUCAAGGGAAAUGGCUGAGAUGAGAAUGAAUAAUGUUGUUAAUAGGACCAAAGCUAGUUCAGCAGAUCAGAACAUCCUUAACAGGGAGCCAAGAUCAGAUUGUUGGGAACUUGCUACGAACUAUGUACCUGUAUUCCCAGAUCCCUUUGUUCUACCACACUCCUCAGUGCCCUACCAUUCACUCUGUAAGACCCACCCUAGUUGGUCCUACCAAAGUGUAAAACCUUGCACUUAUCUGCAUUACAUUCCAUCUUUCAUUUUUCUGCCUGAUGCAGAUCCCUCUGCAAGCCAUGAUAGCCUUCCUCGCUGUCCACUACAUCCCAAAUCUUGGUGCCAUUCACAAAUUUGCUGAUCCUGUUAACCACAUUAUCAUCCAGAACAUUGAUGUAGAUGAUAAACAACAAUGGACCCAGCACCAUUCCCUGUUGCACACUAGUCACAGGCCUCCAGUCAGACAGGCAACUAUCUACUACCACUCUCUGGCUUCUCCCACAAAGCCAAUGUCUAAUCCAAUUUACUACCUCAUCCUGAAUGCUGAGCGACUGAAUCUUCUUGCCCAGACUCCCAUGCGGGACCUUGUCAAAUGUCUUACUUAAGUCCACAUAGACAACAUCCACUGCCUUGCCUUCAUCCACUUUCCUGGUAACAUCCUCAAAAAACUCAGAAGAUUGUUUAGACAUGACCUACCAAGCAUGAAGACAUGCUGAUUAUCCUUAAUCAGUCCAUGCCUGUCCAAAUACUUGUGUAUUUGGUCCCUUAGAAUACCUUACAAUAACAUUCCCAUAAAUGAUGCUAGACUCACCGGCCUAUAACUUCCUGGUUUCUGUCAAGAGCCUCUUUUAAAUGGAGGAACAACAUUGGCUAUCCUCCAAUCCUCUGGUACCUCUUCUGUCACUAAGAAUGUUUUAAAUAUUUGCUAGGGCCUCAGCAGUUUCUGUGCUUGCCUCCUUAGGGUCCAGGGGGACACCUUAUCAGGCCCUGGGGAUUUAUCCACCCUGAUUUGCUUCAGGUACCAAACACCUCCUAUCUGUACAGGGUCCAUGUAGUUGAUGCUGCUUUGCAUCUCUUCUAUAGACUCUAUCCCUGUCAAGUAUGCAAAGAAGAUCUCACCCAUCCGUUUUGGCUCCACGCAUGGAUUACCAUUCUGGUCUACUAGAGGACCAAUUUUGUUCCUUGAAAUCCUUUGCUCUUAACAAACCUGUAGAAUCCCUUAAGAUUCUUCUUCACCUUGUCUGCUAGAGCAACUUCAUGCCGCCUUCUAGCCUUCCUGAUUUCUUUCUUGUAUUCCAUAGGUAGCUCAUUUGUUCCUACUUGCUAGGCACCUCCUUUUUUCUCUUAACCAGAGCCUCAAUAUCUCUUGAAAACCAAGGUUCCCUACACUUGUUAUCUUGACAUCUUAUUUUGACAAAAACAAGCUUUGUACUCUCAAAAUUUUGUUUUUGAAGGCCCCCACUGUCCAAGUACACUCUUACCAGAAAACAGCCUGUUCCAAUUCACACUUGCAUUUCUGAUACCAUCAGACUUGGCCUUUCUCCAAUUCAGAAUCUCAACCCACAGACCAGACCUAGCUUUUUGCAUAUUUACUUUGAAACUAACGGCAUUGUGGUCACUGGAUGCAAAGUGUUCCCCUACACAAACUUCUCUCACCUGUCCUGUCUCAUUGCCUAAUAGCAGAUCCAGUAUAGUCUGCUCUCUCAUUGGGACCUCUAUGUACUAAUGAAGGGGACUUUCCUGAACACAUUUGACAAACUCUAUCCUUUCCCAGUCAAUAUGUGGAAAGUUAAAAUCAUAGAAACAUAGAAAAUAGGUGCAGGAGUAGGCCAUUCGGCCCUUUGAGCCUGCACCACCAUUUAUUAUGAUCAUGGCUGAUCAUCCAACUCAGAACCCCGCCUCAGCCUUCCCUCCAUACCCCCUGACCCCCGUAGCCACAAGGGCCAUAUCUAACUCCCUCUUAAAUAUAGCCAAUGAACUGGCCUCAACUGUUUCCUGUGGCAGAGAAUUCCACAGAUUCACCACUCUGUGUGUGAAGAAGUUUUUCCUAAUCUUGGUCCUAAAAGGCUUCCCCUCUAUCCUCAAACUGUGGCCCCUCGUUCUGGACUUCCCCAACAUCGGGAACAAUCUUCCUGCAUCUAGCCUGUCCAAUCCCUUUAGGAUUUUAUACGUUUCAAUCAGAUCCCCCCUCAAUCUUCUAAAUUCCAACGAAUACAAGCCCAGUUCAUCCAGUCUUUCUUCAUAUGAAAGUCCUGCCAUCCCCGGAAUCAAUCUGGUGAACCUUCUUUGUACUCCCUCUAUGGCAAGGAUGUCUUUCCUCAGAUUAGGGGACCAAAACUGCACACAAUACUCCAGGAGUGGUCUUACCAAGGCCUUGUACAACUGCAGUAGUACCUCCCUGCUCCUGUACUCGAAUCCUCUCGCUAUAAAUGCCAGCAUACCAUUUGCCUUUUUCACCGCCUGCUGUACCUGCAUGCCCACUUUCAAUGACUGGUGUAUAAUGACACCCAGGUCUCAUUGCACCUCCCCUUUUCCUAAUCGGCCACCAUUCAGAUAAUAAUCUGUUUUCCUAUUUUUGCCACCAAAGUGGAUAACUUCACAUUUAUCCACAUUAAAUUGCAUCUGCCAUGAAUUUGCCCACUCACCCAACCUAUCCAAGUCACCCUGCAUCCUCCUCACAGCUAACACUGCCACCCAGCUUCAUGUCAUCUGCAAACUUGGAGAUGCUGCAUUUAAUUCCCUCAUCCAAGUCAUUUAUAUUGUAAACAACUGGGGUCCCAGCACUGAGCCUUGCGGUACCCCACUAGUCACCGCCUGCCAUUCUGAAAAGAUCCCGUUUAUUCCCACUCUUUACUUCCUGUCUGCUAACCAAUUCUCCACCCACACCAAUACCUUCGUGCUUUAAGUUUGCACACUAAUCUCCUGUGUGGGACCUUGUCAAAAGCCUUUUGAAAAUCCAAAUAUACCACAUCCACUGGUUCUCCCCUAUCCACUCUACUAGUUACAUCCUCAAAAAAAUUCUAUGAGAUUCGUCAGACAUGAUUUUCCUUUCACAUGACAAUUUCCUAUUAUGACAACCUUAUGUUUCUUGCAACAGUCUGCAAUCUCUUUACAAAUAUGUUCCUCUAAAUCCCUAGGACUGUUGGGUGGUCUGUAACAUAGCCCCAUUAAAGUAGUCAUAUCUUUCUUAUUUCUCAGUUCCACCCAUAACAUCUCACUAGUUGAAUUCUCCAGUCUGUCCUGACAGAGCACUGCCGUGGCAUUUUCCCUGACUACUAAAGUCACCCUCCUCCUUUAAUCCCUCCCUCUCUGUCACAUCUAAAACCCCAGAAUACUGAGCUGACAAACCUGCAACCAAGUCUCACUAAUGCCCACAUCAUCAUAAUUCUAGGAGUUGAUCUAUGCCCUGCACAAGAUUUUGGUGAGACUGCAACGAGACUAGUGUGUACAGUUCUGGUUACACACUUUUGGAGUGAGAAUCAGGUUUAUUUUCAUUAAUGUACAUUGUCUCGUGAAAGAACAUAUUUCACAAAUUAAUGUUAUAAAAAUAAAUAGUACAAAAGACAAAUAAUGAGGUGGUGUUCGUGGAUCACUCAGAAAUCCGAUGAUAGAGGGAAAGAAGCUGUUCUUAAAACGUUGAGUGAAGAUCUUCUGGCUCCGGUACCUCCUUACGGAUUUUAGUAAUGCCAAGCGGGCAUGUACAGAUGGUCAGGAUACUUCAAAAUGGAUGCU